AAAAAAAAAAAAAAUAAUAAUAAUCCUUCAGUCUGGCGCAGUAUACAACGUUCACCUCAAUAGAAGUGCAUCUUUAUCUAUUCCUUUCAUCAUAUGAUUAGCCUUCUUUGUAUGUUCAUUUUUGCUUUGAUUUCGGUUUGAAAGCAAAGAUGCGGUUUUCUGUACAAUUGGUGUGUCAGUUCCUUCUUUGUUUAUAGGCUAAUAUUUUUUUGAAUUAUCCUCCCUUUCCUCUACUCCUUAAAGUUCCUAACUUCCCAUCUCCAUUUCCUCUGGCUUGCAUUUCAUGACAGAAAUUUUUUUUGGGGGUGUAAUUCUUGGCUUUUAAGAGUUGAUUACUUCAGUUUCUUUGUUAGGUUAAUUCAGAAGUUUUUACAUUGUAACUUUGAUGUUGAAUGUGGGUCUGUAUAUCUGUGUUUCUAUUCUUAUUAUGUUCUUCUAUUCCCUUAAAGAAGUUAGAUACUCUUUAGUCAUUUUGCAUGAGCUCUAUCUGUUUGAUUAGUAGCAGAAAUCUUAUAACUCUUGAGGAAAGAAAGAAUUGCAUGCUUCCAUUGGCAUUUUGCAUGACCUGACAUCUGGAGUCUGCUUGCAGAACUGGGUGGGUAACAGCAGAUAAAAUGAAACAAACAUUUGAUUUCACUAAAACUUGUAUGUUACUAUGAUACUAGUCUGCUUUGUCUUCACAUUUAGGCCUUUCAUUGCCAUCUAUGAUAAUUUCCAAUCAAUGAUAGAGGCUAUAACUUUGUAAUCCUCGGCACUGAUUGUGUUUCUUCUACCGAUCAGAAGAUGCUCUGUAGUGUAUAUUUUAAUUUGAUAAACCUGACAUCUUAAAUGCAUCCGGAAAUACAAUUUCACUACAUUCCACUUCCAAGAACUUCCAGUGUUUGGACACUUGGAUUGAUGAGCAGCUGCAGUGAUGGGUGUACAGGGUACAGAGUCAAGGCUUUGCCAUGUUCUGCUACUUUUCCUUCUCGGUUGCGUUUUAGAUGAGCUCUUUCUGAUCAGUCACUUACAAAAUGCAGGGCAUGCAUUCCAUUCUGCUGCACUCAAACUUCUUGGUUUUGGUGAUGAAGGAGAUAAAGAAGCUGUUGACCAGAAUAGUCCCCCGGAAAAGAGACAAGAUUUUAUGCCAUCUUCUGAUACAUAUAGCAGCAAAGGUAAAAAGAAAUCUGGUGAAGGAAAGCAUCAAGACCAUUAUGCUUUGUUGGGUUUAGGGAACCUACGUUUUCUGGCCACUGAGGAGCAGAUAAGAAGAAGUUACAGGGAGGCUGCAUUGAAGCAUCAUCCUGACAAGCUAGCUGCUCUUCUUCUUGUGGAGGAAACUGAAACUGCAAAGCAAGCAAAGAAAGACGAGAUAGAGAAUUUUUUCAAAGCCAUCCAAGAAGCUUACGAGGUUCUGAUUGAUCCUGUGAAAAGAAGGAUUUAUGAUUCCACUGAUGAGUUUGAUGAUGAGAUUCCUACUGAUUGUGCACCUUUGGACUUCUUUAAAGUGUUUGGUCCAGCUUUUGUGAGAAAUGGUCGAUGGUCAGUUAACCAACCUGUGCCAUCAUUAGGUGAAGAAAAUACUUCAUUGGAUGAAGUUGAUAGUCUCUAUAAUUUUUGGUACAGCUUUAAGAGUUGGAGAGAAUUCCCACAUGCAGAUGAGUUUGAUCUGGAGCAAGCCGAGUCUCGUGACCAUAAGAGGUGGAUGGAGAGGCAGAAUUCAAAACUUAGAGAGAAAGCGAAGAAGGAAGAAAAUGCACGAAUACGUGCACUUGUUGACAAUGCCUAUAAAAGGGACCCUCGAAUUAUGAGGAGAAAGGAAGAAGAGAAGGCAGAGAAGCAAAGGAAGAAGGAGGCCAGAUUCCUUGCUAAGAAAUUGCAAGAGCAAGAAGCUGCUAGGCUUGCUGAAGAGGAGAGAUGCAAGAAAGAGGAAGAAGUCAGACGGGCUGCUGAAGCUGCUUUGAAUCAGAAGAAAGUGAAGGAGAAAGAAAAGAAACUCCUGCGUAAAGAGAGGGCACGUCUACGAACACUCUCAGGACCUGUUGUAUCCCAACGUGUGCUUAACCUUACUGAGGAUGAUGUGGAGAGUAUUUGUAUGUCAUUUGAGACCGAACGGUUGAGGAGUCUAUGUGAUGACAUUGAAAACAAAGAGGGGAUUGGGCGUGCUUUACUUAUAAAAGAUGCAUUAGGAAGUAAUGGAAAUUCUGAGGAGCCAAAACAAGCUGAAAGGAAUGCACAAAACAAUGAGUCAGCAGAAGUUAAUGGAAACGUGACUGCUGUCCAUCCAAAGCAAGAAAAUAUUUUAGGCAGCUAUGAGAAAAAGGAAAAACCUUGGGGCAGAGAGGAGAUUGAGCUAUUAAGGAAAGGAAUGCAGAAAUAUCCAAAAGGAACCUCCCUUAGGUGGGAAGUUAUUGCAGACUACAUUGGUACUGGAAGAUCAGUAGAAGAGAUCCUCAAGGUAACAAAGACAGUUCUUCUUCAGAGGCCCGACUCUUCCAAAGCUUUUGACUCAUUCCUUGAGAAGAGAAAACCACCACAGACCAUUGCAUCCCCACUGGACAGGAGGCAGGAAGCUGAUGUCCCUGAGAAAGUUGUUCCUGAGAUGGUUAAUUCCAAGAAGCCUUUCAGUAGUGAUGGAGUCCAUAAUCCUGAAGCUUUGGUUGUUGCAAAUGGAGCUUCUUCAAGUACUGAACAACAAGAUGAGUGGUCUGCUGUUCAAGAAAGAGCACUAGUUCAGGCUUUAAAAACCUUUCCAAAGGAAACCAGCCAGCGUUGGGAACGGGUUACAGCUGCAGUUCCGGGGAAGACAGUGAUCCAGUGCAAGAAGAAAUUUGCUAUGCUGAAGGAGAACUUUAGAAACAAGAAAAAUGUGGGAUAGUUGGAUUUUUUUUCUUAGAAUGCAGCAGUGCAGCUAUGUCACAUUUUUAAGGAAAGAAUGUUUGGUAUCUAGUUGGAGAGAUUCUUUCAUUUUGAAGAUGAAAUUAGCUUAAGCUACUUGGUAUACAGAGUAUUUUUGUCAGCAUCGGCUCUUACCACAUGGUAUCAUAUUUUUGAAAGAUGGGAGUUAAUCAUAUGAAAAAACAGAGUAGAUUCUUGACUCUUAUCUACUGUUAAAGGUGAGUUAUAUCUUACAAAAAAUCAUCCCCCAUUCUUCCUUUUGAGAUCAUUCUUUUUCAAUCUAACAUAUUUGAGGGUCUGAUGUCUUGAGCAAAGGGAGACGAUAAAAGUUUUGGUGAAAGUUGACUUGUAGAAUUAGCUGACUUACCUGUUGUAAAGAACUGUUAUAACAAAAGCAUGCUUACAAAUUUCAGAUACCUCUGUUAUUUGUGUUUGAAA